UUGGUUUCCGUCGCCUUGCCUCGACUCCGGUCUCAGAGAAUUCCAGCGGCAUCGUUCCCGCUUCCAUGGAGAGCAGGGGGAUCGAAGGCAAAGACGAAGCGAUCUCUUCCUCCUCUCCUCCUACUCCAUCGAUCACGCUGGAGGAAUGGCGGGGCUCGUCCUCCGCAAAGCUCUAUCGAACCGCAGUCAUCACCGUUGACCGCUCCUCUCACGCCCUCGAAAGAUACGGAAGUCGAUGGCACCAACUCUGGAGGAAGAUUCUUGAGGCCUUUGUUCCGGAGGGUUUCCCAGGCAGUGUGACUCCGGAUUAUGUUCCCUUCCAAAUGUGGGAUACUUUGCAGGGGCUCUCAACGUACAUACGUUCCAUGCUCUCUACUCAAGCUCUCUUGGGGGCUAUAGGAGUUGGUGAAAAAUCUGCUACUGUCAUUGGUGCAACUUUUCAGUGGUUUUUGAGGGAUUUGACUGGAAUGCUUGGAGGUAUCUUAUUUACUUUUUACCAGGGUUCUAAUCUGGACAGCAAUGCCAAGAUGUGGCGUUUAGUUGCAGAUUUUAUGAACGAUCUUGGAAUGCUGAUGGAUCUUGUAUCUCCUUUGUUUCCUUCAGCAUUUGUUGCAAUACUUUGCUUAGGAAGUUUGUCAAGAGCAUUCACUGGUGUUGCAAGUGGUGCAACUAGAGCAGCGUUGACUCAGCAUUUUGCACUUGAGAAUAAUGCGGCAGAUAUAUCCGCUAAGGAGGGUAGUCAAGAAACAAUGGCAACUAUGAUUGGGAUGGCACUGGGAAUGCUUCUAGCUCAUAUUACAAGAGGACAUCCUAUUGCAGUGUGGGUUUCAUUUCUCUCUCUCACAAUGUUUCAUAUGUAUGCAAAUUACAAGGCAGUGCGAUGUCUUUCACUGAAUACGUUAAAUAAUGAGAGAAGCUCCAUACUGUUGCAAUAUUUCAUGCAGAAUGACAAAGUUCUCUCACCAGAAGAGGUUUCAAGAAGGGAGCAUGUUUUCCCUCUUUGGGCUAGCUGGCAUGGUUCAAGUAAUGUUGAAUCACUGCACCGACAUGUGUAUGUAGCUGUCAAAGUUUCCUCUUUGAAGCACUCUGAUAUGAUGGAGCUUUCAAGAUCUGCAAGCACCCACUAUAAGAGAGCUAAAUAUCUAUUGCUGGAGAGGAAAGGAGUCGUACAUGUCAUCAACCAUAAGGAGGCAACACCUGCUGAUAUUUUGCAGUCCUAUCUUCAUGCUCUUGUCUUAGCAAAUCUCAUGGGCAAAACCCAGUCUUUGCACGCUGAAAGCCGCGUAUGGAUGGAUGGACAUUACCCUGUUUUCAUUGCAAAGCUAAAGUCUGCAGGAUGGGCAACCGAACGGCUUCUGUCGCCGUCAAUUGUUUGGAGGGCAGACUGGGUUUGCAGUCCCUCAGAUGAGAAGAUCAACUAGGCAACAUAAAAGACCAAUUCCUACAGUAUACACAAGCAGUGUGGAUGGUGCUCUAGACUGGAGUAUGGCUGUUAGGUGUAUGAGUCCAUCUCUAUUCUUUUUGGCAAUAUCUCACAAGAUAUCUGGAUAAUUAUUUGGUAGGAGAGUCUCAAAGAUAAGCUUACGAGAUUGUAAAAUUCUGAUUAACAAUCAGAGGCUGCUGAUGACUACCCCGCCUCAUGUAGUUUUAUUAAUCAUAAGCCCAUAGCAAAUCCAAACGAGUUUACA